AUGAUGAGUGCGGCGUCCUUCAUGACGCCCCUCAGCGGCCGACCGCCGCAGUACCGAACUCCGUCCCCUCCGCGACGCGCCGUUGAACCCAUCACCCCAUCUACCGAGUUCCAUUCUAGAGAACAUGGCGCCCUUCGAGCUACAAGCCUUGAUCGCGAUCAUUCAACCUCGAAAAGGGAUCGAAAUGCCGCUUCGGGUGGUAGCUCACAUCACCGAUCGGGUCACGGCCGAUCAAACUCGACUAUUGACACACUUGCGACGAUUGCUCUCGCGACGAGUCCGACUUUCACACCAAUUUCACACCGUCCACCAUCUCCAUAUUCCCAGUCCGCGAUGCCUUUGUUCCCCUCCGAGUCUGCAGACUCCGAACGGCCUGCCAAACGUCCACGCUCGGAGCGAGACUCGUCGCCGCAUCGUUCUCGGUUGGGGUUGCCUUCAGAUCCCGCCCCUCCAUCCAUCUUGGAUAGCAUGAAAACAGAUGCGGAGCUGCUCCUCAAUCUCGCCCGGCCCACCAAUUUCCAUCCCGGCGACCAUGCGAAGAGAGUUAGCAUCGACGAAACCUAUCGUCACUAUGGAAACGACGCAGUCCAUCCUCCCCGUGUUGGCUUUGCCGGUGGUGCCUAUACAGGCCAAGAUUACGACAAAUCUAUACAUUACUCGGAAGAUAAUUUCCCGCCCCCUCGCAUGAGAUCUCGCUCGGAUGGAUCAGCGUUUAUGUCUCGUCCAGUGAUCCGCGGCGUUCGCCCAACUACCAGUUCAGGAACACUUCCGCCUAUUGUAUGGGAGGAUGAGAACGAAGAUAAUUCUUGGCAUCCCCCAGAGAACGGGCAUCGCUAUGCGGAGGAUGAACAUCAACACGCGGGUCCUCGUGACUCUCGCCUACCCCAUAAAUCGAUGCACCUGCCACCAAAGAUCGAAGAUGACGAAAGUGAACCGAACCCGGCAAGCUGCGCAGCAUGCCAUCUGGUGCGAAUCCCAGUGGAAACGGAUGAACAAGACGAGGAUACAUGGAUCAGUUGUGACGGGUGCAAGCGAUGGUUCCAUAUCGUUUGCGCCGGGUUUAAAAAUGAUCGGGAGGUCCGCACAAUCGACAAGUUCAUCUGCCGUGGAUGCCGGUCAGUCCACGGCCAGACGACCUUUGUGCGCAAAUCAUCACGGGCCCGCACGGCAAUCGACUACGCUGGACUCAACCAAGGUCUUGUGAAGGCGGCCACCGAUUCGUUGGAGCACCACUACCUGGAGCCCAUUCGGCAAGGCAAGAUCCGAUUCCUCCCCGAGAAUUUCCCUCGGAUGAGACCCGAGUUGGUCACGGCGGAAUAUUUUGAGUGCGGUAAUGGAUGGACGGAACCGGUUGUCAUCCCUGCCUGUUGGAAUACCUGUGAACCCGUUCCAGAGGUGGACUCGGCCUUUGAAUCUCUCAUUCAGGAGGCACCCUCCCAGGAAAUGUUUGAUGAGUUACUCGAAAACCUCCCGGAACAAGACACCAACGUGGAGAACACCGUUGAUUGUGGUCAGGAUCUUUUGGAUAUGGUGAUUCCCCAGGGUCUUACCGUCCGAUCGGUGGCCGAGCUCUACGGCCCCGAAGAGAGGGUUGAGGUGAUUGACGUCAAGUCCCAGCAGGGUGAAGACAAGAGAUGGGACAUGCAAAAAUGGGCCGACUACUACGAGAGCAACGAGCCCGAGAAGGUGGUGCGCAAUGUCAUCAGCCUGGAGGUCUCGCAGAGCAAGCUGGGCAGGCUCAUCCGGCGGCCCAAGGUUGUGCGUGACUUGGAUCUUCAGGAUGCGGUAUGGCCCGAUGAGCUCAAGGCGAUUGGCGAUUACCCCAAAGUGCAAUUCUAUUGUCUGAUGUCUGUUGCCGAUUGCUAUACCGACUUUCACAUCGACUUUGGUGGAUCCUCGGUCUUUUACCACAUCCUGAAAGGCAAGAAGACAUUCUUCUUCAUUCCUCCCAAGGACAAGCAUCUGAAAAAGUAUGAAGAAUGGUGCAACUCUCCCGCUCAGGAUUCGAUCUUCCUCGGAAACCAGACCAAGGAGUGCUACCGAGUGGACCUAUCCGAAGGAGACACCAUGUUGAUUCCAUCGGGUUGGAUUCACGCUGUGUGGACACCGGAGAACAGCUUGGUGAUUGGCGGCAACUUUCUCACGAGACUGAACUACGGAAUGCAAAUCAAGGUGCUCAACAUCGAAAAAGACACCAAAGUCCCCAAGAAAUUUAGGUACCCUUUCUUCCAAAAGAUUCAGUGGUAUACGGCCCUGAAGUAUCUGGAAGAUGACCCUAUACCCCAAAACGUGUUGGAGGCCUUUGCACAGGAUGAGAACUUCCGCUUUCACCGGCAUUAUCCGAUCUACUACGAGUUCGGGGAACAUACCAACCAAGAACCUGCAGGUUCCCCGUACCACAAUGCCCGAUUUUACUCUCAGGCAGAGCUUGAGGGUCUACCCGAGUUGACCAAGUACCUGUUGCGGACGGCCCUCAUUGCAGGGUCGUACAAUGUCGAUGGAGUUACCAUGGAUGUCCGCAACGCGGUCAAGCGUUCCAUCCCCAAAGGCACUGGAGAUCCAGUUGAUACGAUCAGGAAAUUCGGGAUCUGGGUCGCUUGGAAGCGGGGCAACGAAAGAGCUCCUCAAUGGACUCGGCCAGGCGUGAUUGAAAGCAAUUCCAAGGUUUCGUUGACUGAAAAGAAGUCGGCCGGGCGACCAAGUCGCCGCUCUGAACGCAACUUCGAUAACCAACGUACCUAUGCCGAAAGACAAGCGGUGCAACGGCCGUCAGUAGAGGUUGCCGCAACCCCCAACUCACCAAUCAUCAAUACCUUCGAUGGGGCGUCGGAAAGUGCAACACCUGCACCGGUUACUUUCGCCCCAGACACGAGCAUCAAGGAAGUGGAUACCCCCAAACCUCGGUCUGUCACACGAGCCUCGGGUCUUGGGCCGAAGCGAGUUGCCUGCGAUGCCUGUCGCAAGCGACGCAUUCGAUGCCGCCACAAGGAUGAGCAGGGCGAUUUGGUUUUGAACAAGCAGAUGGCAAUGAGUGCAUUUGGGUCCGGAUCGGGUCUGAGUACUCCAUCUUCUCUGGCCCAAGACGCCGUCUCUGCUUUAAAUUCUCUUGCGGCUAUCGCUUCUCAAGCUGGGUUUCAAAAUAACGGGCACAUGCUUGGCUUAGAUCAGGUGGAAGGCUCGGGCAAGUUUCAAUCAGAAAUCAUGGGCAACCCCACCGCAGCGGCCAACCGGCUCGGCGAUCUGAGCCCUGAUGGGGUCAAUGGCGGGAAAAAGGGACGAAGCAAGGCAUGCGAUGAUUGCCGAAAGAGCAAGCGCCGGUGUAUUCACGAUGAGUACGGUAGAAUCGAUCCGAUCAAGGCCCAGGAACGGUCCAAGCCUCGUGCAAAUGCAUCCGCCAAACGAGUUCGACCCGCCGAGGACGACGGCAUGCCUGCGACGGUCAAGAAAACAAAGCAGGAAAGCACGUCUCCCAUCACACGACCGGCAAUCUUCGACCACGGCGAGAGAAAGGGCUUAAUUGAUUACGCUGAAAGCCAGCUCCCUGUACCAUCGGACAUGGAAGCAAGCGAAGCCGCCCAAGGCCAUGACCUCUAUGCAUCCCCACCGGUAUUCCAAGCCAACUCGGUUGAAGCCAAGGCGCUGAAUUCCGUGUCUGUAUCUUCGUCCAAGCCAACUGCCUCUUUGGUGUCGCCGCCUACGUCGCUAGCCGACGAGACAGAUGGGAUUCAGGAGGGCGAUGCCGUGGCGUCCGUGGAAGGUGAGGCAUCGACUGCCCUUCACACGCCCAACUCCAGCUCUCGCCAUUCGUCUCGUCAGCCUCGACAUUUUGAGGCUUCCACGGCUCGAGCCUCGAAGACAUCCGGACGACCUACAUCCUCUACGGCUAUACACCGAACCACCCCUGCCCCGCCUGCAGCAUCCAAGAAGCCUUCGUCGCGGCCUUCGUCUUCCCAUGCGAAGAAGAGCUCCCCCAUGGUCGAGAAGCGGUUUGAUCGCCACGCUGCUUCCUCCUUGUCUCCCGGUCAAUCGAGCAAGCAUGCAAAACAUCCGAUCGGGGAGGGAGAUACUGACGCAGAAAGUCUGCGGUUAAUUCGGGAACUUCAGGAACAGGAGUUUGGGUUGCGGAAACGCUCAACACGAACCUGA